UCCGCUGCGUGCGGCUACGUGGCGGAGCCGGCGGAAGCAGUUCCUGCGCUGGAGCCCAAGUGUUUGUGUUUUGGUUCGUGAGGAGCCGGGGCGGUCUGAGGGGAGGAGACGGAGGGAGGAGGAGGAGGAGAACGACGACGACGACGACGAGGAAGAAGUCCUCCGAACUCGAGCGCGGCGACUCUGGAGGAGGAGGAGAAAGGAAGGCGGAACGGAGAGGCGGAGACGCAGCCCGGCAGGGGCGGCGGCACGGCGGGCGGCGCUCGGAGUCCCGCGCCGGCCAGGCUGAGAAGAAGGAGCGAGCAGUCGACGCCGCCGCUGCAGCCGCGGCGCAUCCGAUCUCCGGGCCGGGCCGGGCCGUGCGUGGCCUCGCUGCCGGGAGACGCGGCCCAGGUUUAUAAUCGGGCUUAUUUCCGUUUGAGGUCUUUGGAAGUAAAAGAUUUAGUCGCUUUGCACUUGAAAAGACACUGACUACGAAGGCAACCCCACCUGUCAUCCCAGCACUCUGGAAGCUGAGAGUUCGCUGUUUGCUGGGCGAACAAUCUUCAGUCCCCAGCUCCAAAGUCAAAUUGUUGAAGGUAAUUUCUCCAGAAAGAAAACAAAAUUGAUGCCUUGCAUCCUGGAAGUUCAUUUAGGAAUCUGAAAUUAGGGACUUCUUUAAAAUUUGGACAUGGCUAAUCGAGGAGCAACAAGACCCAACGGGCCAAAUACUGGAAAUAAAAUAUGCCAGUUCAAACUGGUCCUUCUAGGAGAGUCUGCUGUUGGCAAAUCAAGCCUGGUUCUUCGCUUUGUGAAAGGCCAAUUUCAUGAAUUUCAAGAGAGUACCAUUGGGGCUGCCUUUCUAACCCAAACUGUGUGUCUUGAUGACACAACAGUAAAAUUUGAAAUAUGGGAUACAGCUGGUCAAGAACGGUAUCACAGCCUAGCACCAAUGUACUACCGAGGAGCACAAGCAGCCAUAGUUGUGUAUGAUAUCACAAAUGAGGAAUCCUUUGCGAGAGCAAAAAACUGGGUUAAAGAACUUCAGAGGCAAGCGAGUCCUAAUAUUGUGAUAGCUUUGUCAGGAAACAAAGCCGACUUAGCAAAUAAAAGAGCCGUUGACUUCCAGGAAGCACAGUCCUAUGCAGAUGACAACAGCUUAUUAUUUAUGGAGACAUCAGCUAAGACAUCAAUGAAUGUAAAUGAAAUAUUUAUGGCAAUAGCUAAAAAGCUGCCAAAGAAUGAACCACAGAAUCCAGGCGCAAACUCAGCCAGAGGACGAGGAGUAGACCUUACUGAGCCUGCACAGCCAGCCAGAAGCCAGUGUUGUAGUAACUGAGCUCCAGUGUGAACUUCCUAAAUGGCAAAACCCAUGGAGUUGGGAGCAUUUCGCCNCCCAGUGUGACUUCCAAAAAGAGACUAUGGUAGAAUCAAGUUUCUAAUACUGAAUUAUUUUGAGUGUUUUGAACUUAAUUUUUAAUAACAUGCAUGUGCUCCUCCGGCAGUAGAAAGGAAAAUGAGGACUGUGUGUACACUUGUUCCAUGGGAAAGUGCAGGGGAACAGCUCAUCUCCAGUGGGCAUGGACGCACUCUUAACCCCCCCAGUCUCCAAACUGGGAUAAUAGUCAGGUAUGACAUGUUCAAAAUUACUAAUGUAUGCUUUAGAAAACAUUUUUAGAAGACUUACGCUUAACAAUAAAACCCAAGCAAAUGGUGUAAUUUGAUUGUCUUUAAAAAGUCUACAUUUCACAGAUUAAUAAAGCAAUCCCAAGAAAACAGUCCUGCAUCUCCAGAAAGAAGGAAUGAAUAUUGAUGACAUCUUAAUUUUAUUCAGUCCCGUUACUUCUUAAAAUUUGAUUGAAAAAAUUAAGUCACAUGUAACCCCAUGCUGUUUUAGGAAUAUGAAACCGAUAAAUGCAUUUUAAUGAUAGUGGUCCCUUCAUAUGAGCUUCUUUUAAAAAGUGGAGACAAACCAGGUAUCUGCUUUCUAUUUAAUCACUGUUGGCUAUUCCAUAGAGGUGUGUCAGGAACAGGGAGGGGGCUCUGCUUCCCUUUGGGCAUAAUUAGUCAGUGCACUAACAAUUAUGUACAUUCAAACUUGAUUAUUUUAAAUAUGAUCUUCAGCUGUACUGUAAAUAGAGUACUGCAUUGUAGUCUCCAUAUGUUUAUUAUUUCCNAUAAUAUUUAAGAANUGCCUAAACAUAUACAAAAUGUACAGUUACUAAAACAGCUAAUUAUUUCUUUCUUCCCCUAUGAAAGAAAGGGGCUUUGCUGUUCUUACAUGGCUAGAACCAUAAUAAACAAUGUACUUGCAAUUGUAACAUAAGUAUUACAAUGUUAUUAGUAAUAAUCUUGAAGCCUUGUUUUUUGAAGUCCAUUUUAUUUUAAUCAGUAUAUUGCACUAAUUAUUUUAGGUAUUUUCAUUAUAUGAAAUCUACCAUGUGUCAGAUGAUUUAAUCUAUUUAAGUGUUGAUNUGCUAGCAGAACUUGUACAUUUUACAGUAACUCAAAAUUAGUAAGGAGAACAGUUCACCGGUGUUUAGUUUUAUAUUGAGGUGCUCAGGUUGGAAUAAAGUGAUGUAAAAAGCAA